CGUGGCGAGCACACAUGAAUUGAAAAACCUCUUAAAAAUUUAAUUUUUUCACAUUUUCCUAUAAAAUACAAAAAUGGGAAAGCGUCGAUUCAAUGCAAAAGGUCGUCAAACCCAAAAAUUUCUCGUGGAUAACAGCGAAACGAAGAAGAUCAAAGUUGAUAUUCCCGUGGAAAAAAUAAGCGAAAAUGCCAACGACACAAAUGCUCUUGUGCUCCCGUCGCAGAAACGAGCAACGAAACUGAAGAAAGAAAAUGUCACCGUAACCCGAAUUUUAUCGAAAAAGCAACGAAAACGCUUGGAAAAAAUCGUUGACCAAAAAGAAAAGAAGAAAAAUCACGCAGCACUCGUUCAGGCAUUAGCUUCUGUUCAAAUUCCGAAGACUCAGCUGUCGCAAUACACGUCGAUCAGCACGACACAGACACAGGGCUUGAAAAAAUUAAAAAAUGAUGGAAAAGAGACGAAACGAAUGCGUGAAAUGUCGAUUGGAGAAGGAGAUGAAGUGCCGUUGAAAGGAAAACGGAGAAAAGGAAUGAUAAAUGCGUUGACGGUUGAUGACGAAAGCGACGAAGAAGAUGAAACAGGAACAAAACCGCGAGAUUACAACGUUGUUGGCGUCGAAUCGAGCGAUUCCAGCGACGAAAAUGACGAAGAAGAGGAAGUUGAACCUGAAAAAGUCGAAGAAAAACCUCUUGAACCUCCAAAAUCCGAGGCAACUCCUGUCAUUGAAGCGAAAACCAUCGAAAAACCCAAAAUAAUUGAACCAAUUGACCGUAAACCCGCAACUUACAUCCAUUUAGAACGCGAUUCAAAGAUUCAAGCUGCUCGUUUGAAGCUUCCAAUCCUCGCCGAGGAACAACAAAUCAUGGAAACGAUCAGCGAAAACACCGUCGUCAUCAUUGCCGGCGAGACAGGCAGCGGCAAAACGACUCAAGUACCUCAAUUCUUGUACGAAGCUGGAUACGCGACAAAUAAAAUGAUCGGCGUGACCGAACCACGUCGCGUUGCUGCAAUUUCCAUGUCGAAACGCGUCGCAAAAGAAAUGAAUUUGAGUACCGACGUCGUUUCUUACCUCAUGCGAUUCGAAGGAAAUGUCACGGAAAAGACUAAAAUUAAAUUUAUGACUGAUGGAGUCCUGUUGAAGGAAGUAGAAAACGAUUUUCUGUUAAAAAAAUACGGAGUUCUAAUUUUAGACGAAGCCCAUGAACGAAGUGUCUUCACCGACGUGCUAAUUGGACUUUUAUCACGCAUCGUAAUUAUUCGGGCGAAGGAAAAAGACCCCUUGAAGCUCAUAAUUAUGUCAGCAACGCUCAGAGUUGAGGAUUUCACAAGCAACGAAGUGCUUUUUAAGACUCCGCCGCCCGUUUUGAAGGUCGAAGCACGUCAAUUUCCGGUUACAAUUCACUUUAACCGGUUCACUCCUGAAGAUUACGUCGCCGAAGCUUAUAAAAAAGCUGUAAAAAUUCACACAAAAUUACCGGAAGGCGGAAUUUUAAUUUUUGUUACGGGUCAAAAGGAAGUGAAAAGUCUCGUAUGGAAGCUAAGGAAGGCAUUUCCAUAUAAAAAUGAUAAAACCAAGGUUGAAAUUGAAAAAAAGGAGUCAAGUGAGGAAGAAUUGAGUUUCGACGAGGAAGAUUGGGACAUGAUUCGUCAUAAAAAGAAGAAAUUACGCAAAAAAGACAGAGUUCGUGAAGGAAAAUCGAAGAAAAAAGUCGUUGAACAACUGCCAAAAGUGAGUUUAGACUCGUUUAAGCUGCCGCAUGAGAUGCAAGAAGGCGAUAUGAACGAAGAUGAGGUCGAUGUUAGUGAAGCAGGCAGUGAUAGUGACGAUUCAGAGCUUGGAGAGCCCAUUCAAGCCAUCGCCCAGUCACAACCCUUAUGGGUUUUGCCCCUUUAUUCAGUUUUAAGCUCCGAAAAACAAGCUCUUGUCUUCCAAGAUCCGCCGCCAGGCACGAGAUUAUGCGUUGUAGCCACAAAUGUCGCCGAAACUUCCAUCACAAUCCCGAAUAUCAAGUACGUGAUCGACUCAGGGCGACAAAAAUCCAAAGUUUACGACAAAAUUACGGGAGUUAGUGCCUUUGUGGUGACCUACACGAGUAAAGCAUCCGCCAAUCAACGUUCCGGAAGAGCUGGCAGAGUCGGUCCGGGGCAUUGUUAUCGUUUAUAUUCGAGCGCUGUGUACAACGACGAGUUCCAAGACUUUUCAGUGCCUGAAAUUCAAGAAAAACCCGUUGAUGAUCUCAUGUUACAGAUGCGAUCGAUCGGAAUUGAUCGUGUAGAUAAAUUUCCUUUCCCAUCGCCGCCUGAUGCGGUUCAACUGGAAGUCGCCGAGAAGCGUUUGAAGAUGCUCGGAGCGUUGGAAGAGAAAACAAUGAUACGAGGAAAUACGACGGAAACCAUUUUAGCGUUGACUGAUUUGGGAAAAACCAUUUCGCGGUUUCCCGUGAACCCGAGAUUCGGUAAAAUGUUGGCCUUAAGUGAUCAGGGAGGACUUUUGCCGUAUAUAAUUGCGAUUGUGGCGAGUCUUUCGGUGCCUAAUGUGCUCGAUGAGAGUCUUUCCUCGGCGGAUGAUGACGAAGAAGAAGAUGUUCAAGCGAAAAAUCAGUCGAAAUUUCGUGCAAUUCGUCAUAAAUGGGCGGGCGAAGGCGAAUCUCGUGCCCUUGGUGACCCAAUGGUAUUGUUAAAAGCCGUUUCUUCAUGUCUCUUUGAUCAAUCAAGCACAAAUUUGGAGAAUUUCUGCGCUGAAAAUGGGAUUCGAGUAAAAGCUAUUCAUGAAAUCGCUAAAAUUCGACAACAACUUACCAAUGAAAUCAAUAUAAAUGCCACAGAUGUCAAUUUGUGCAUCGAUCCGAAGCUGCCGCCGCCUACAGAUUCCCAAAUUCAUCUCAUCCGACAAAUUCUGCUAUCUGGAUUCGGCGAUCAAGUCGCUCGUAAGCUCACGAAACAGGAAAUUAACGAAAUGGAGGACAAGCAAAAGUAUCGAAAUGCCUAUAAAUGCGCCGAUAUGGUCGAUCCGGUGUUCAUUCAUCAAGAAUCUGUCCUAAAAUACGAAGAUCCCGAGUGGGUUAUCUACCAAGAAGUGUACGAAGUCACAAUGGAUGAUGGCAAACCGAGGAUGUUCAUUCGCGGAAUUACGGAAAUUGAUCCGGCGUGGUUGCCGAAAUACGUGCCGACGUUGUGUAACAUUCUGAAAAUUAUGGAAAAGCCUGAACCGCGUUACGAUGCUGUGCAGGAUCGGAUUGUGUGUCAUGUGAAUGCGACUUACUCGAAAGCGGCGUGGCAAUUGCCGUUGGUUGAAGUUGCGAUGCAACCGUCAGUCGAUCAGUACAAACAUUUUGCGAGAUGUUUCUUGAAUGGAGAGAUUUUUGAGAAAUUGCGAGAAUUUGCGGAGGUUUUGACAGCAACUCCAGAUUCGAUGAAUAAAACUUGGGUGAAAUCUAUGCCGAGAGCGAAGCAGUUGUUGGAUGUUUUGAUGCAGAAUGAAGUUACGACGAAGAAAAAGUUGAAGAAGUUGUGGAAAAGUAAUAAAGAAUUCCUUCUUGAGGAAUACAAAUUAUGGCUUCCUGACAACUUACAUCAAAAAAUCAAGAAAAUGUGGCCUCCAUUGUAAAUUUUUGCGAGCAAAAACAGCAUUUACAUUGUACAUAAUACUAUUUUAAUUAUAUUUUAAUACAAAAUAUAGGAUAAAUAUUAAAAAAUAAGACGUUCACGGAUUAAAAUUAUUACCAUGCAAUAUUUAGUAGGCUUUGUCAGAUCAUUUAAUACGGAGGAGGUUGUUGGUUCGGAUAUCCGCCCAUUUGCCCGCCGCCCAUCAUAUUUUGUUGCUGAUUCGGCAUUUGACGUUGUAACUGAGCAACUAAGGCGGAUUGCGGUUGUUGCGGAUUCAUGCCUUGACCUUGAUUUCCCAUCAUCGCUUGGU